AUGCCGAACAUGGCGGCGGCUGUCCUUCCUCGCGGAGGCGCUGCAGGUGGGUCAUAUUGUUAUAUAUUAUAACUGUGGUGCUGCUGGAGGGAGUUGUGGGGAGGGAUUAAAAAAAAAACCCUGUUAGGCAAAGCGUUUCAAUGUAAGUUUUUUUCUGUGUCUCCUUUUUCUCGUCGUUAAUUUAUCCAGAUUCUCACAUCUUAUUAUUUUUAACGACCUCUUGAAAAUUGGUCAGCAUUUUGGUGCAGAUUUCUCCUAAUGCCCACGAUUUUGCAAAGGGUAUUUCCCCAAAUAUUUACAUUUACCAUAAUUAAUGCAUUCUGUAUAUAAUUCCGCUAAAAAAAUGCAUUUAUAGGGCUUUCCCCCUUUGUAUGGGAGUAGGAAAUCUUUUCCCAAUGGAAGGGCAGAUCUUUCUCCUGCUCUCCUCCCUGCAGGCCAACUUGGGCAGGUGGGGGACCUUCCUUGGGCUCCCCAUAGGGCUUGGGGUCAAGGCAAACCCUUAAGCAUUGGAAAACCUUCUGCAGGGGCUCCCCCUGGAACUUGUAAUAAUUUUUAUCCGGCCUGAUUUUAUUAUAAUUUAUUAAAAUCGUAUACCUCCCUAUACCCACAGGAUAAAAUCGCAAUAUAAAAACCCAAAAGUACAUAAUCAAAACAUAAACAAAAUCAACCCAAUAACGCCCCCCCCAAACCACACACAUUUAAAAACAUUUUUAAAUACAGCAGAAGAGGUUAAAAAAAAGGAGAAACAAGCAACUUCAAGUCCACAUUAAAAUUACAAGCGUGGCUGAGGCUAAUACUAUUACUAUUACUACUACGAAUACCCCUGAGCACCCUCUCCCACCAGUGUCUUGCCUCGGUAAUGGACUGGAUGAGAGCCAACAAAUUGAAGCUCAAUCCAGAUAAGAGUGAGGCUCAGUUAGUGGGUGGUUCCCUAGAGCAGAUGGCUGGGAGGUCGCCUGCUAUUGAUGGGGUUACACUUCCUCUGAAAGAGCAGGUUCGUACCUUGGGGGUAGUCCUGGAUCCUUUGCUGUUGCUGGAGGCUCAGAUGGCCUGGAGUGCCUUUCAUUACCUUUGGCUGGUAGCCCAGCUACACCCCUAUCUGGACAGGAUUAGCCUAUCUACCGUUGUCUAUGCACUGGGAACUUCAAGGUUAGAUAUAGAUAUGCGUUAUACGUAGGGCUGCCUCUGAAGACAGUUUGGAAACUUCAGCUAGUGCAAAAUUCAGCGGCCAGCUUGCUCACCAGAGUAAGGCGGGUGAGCAUAUUACCCCCAUCCUGGUCUGACUGCACUGGCUACCAAUUAGUUUCCGGGCUCAAUUCAAAGUGCUGGUUUUGACCUAUAAAGCCUUACAUGGCUCAGAAUCACAAUACUUCAAGGGCUGCUUCUUUCCAUAUGAACCUAGCUGGAUCCUGAGGUCCUCCUUCGUGGGCCUCCUCCUCAAGUGGUCCGGAGGGUGGCAACACAAGAACAGGGCCUUCUCUGCAGUGGCUGGCUGUCUGUGGAAUGCCCUCCCCAGGGAAGUUCGCCUGGCGCCUUUCUUAUAAACCUUCGUUGUUGUUUACUCGUCUUAGUCGUGUCCGACUGUCCGUUAUCCCAUGAACCAGAGCAUGCCUUGGAAACAGUUGCUUUCCUCUCAAAGCUUCUCCUUUUUUAUGUCCAUGGAGCUUUCAUGGCAUAAUACUGGAGUGGGUUGCCAGUUUCUUCUCCAGGUGGAUCACAUUUAGUCUAAACUCUCGGCUGACCUGUCUGUCUUGGGUGGCCCUGCACGGCAUAGGUCAUAGCUUCUCUGAGUUAUUCAAGCCCCUUCGCCACGACAAGGCAGUGAUCCAUGAAAGGGUUUACACCUUUAGGUCCCAUGCAAACAUGUUCCUUUUUAACCAGACUUUUGCUAGAUAUCUUUGACAUCCUAUAGUCAUUUUCAAACGUGGCUCUUUUUUGGGGAGUGUUAUUGGGUUGUUUUUAGUCUGAUUAUAUAUGAUGUGAUCUUUUCUGUGAACCACGCUGAGAUCUCUGGGUAUAGGGUGGUAUAUAAACUCAAUAAAUAAUAGUACAAUAUUAAUACUUUCAUUAUUUGUACCCCACGGAUCUGACUCGGUUGCCACAGCCACUCUAGCUGCUUCUAACAAAUAUAAAAGCAUAAUAAAACAUUUAAAACUUCCCUCUACAUGGCUGCCUCCAGUUGUCUUCUAAAAGUUGUAUAGCUAUUUGUUUCCUUGACAUCUGACGGGAUAGCUUUCCACAGGGUGGGCACCACUACCAAGAAGGCCCUCUGCCUCGUUCCCUGCAACUAACCUUCUCACAGUGAGAGAACUGCCACAAGGCCCUGGGACUUGGAUCUCUGUGUCCUGACUGAAUGAUUGGGGUGAAGACGCUCUUUAGCAUUUCAUCAGUUUGCCUUUUUAUUCCAUCAGGAGAUGUUGAAGGGAUGCUGGCAAAAGGGGAACAAUCAGAAGUGUCACCAAAAGGAUCGAAAGAGCAAAGGAAGCUGAGGGUUCAAGAUGGAGGCACCAGGCGAGAGGGGUGCCGAAAGCAGAAGCCGGAGGGUGACUCUGGUACGUCUCAAGGUAGUGAAAAUCAAAUUGCCAGAGAGGAGAAAAAGCAUGAAUGCACCAUUUGUGGAAAGAUAUUGGGUAGUCACUCAACUCUUACCUCACAUCAAAGAACUCAUACAGGGGAGAAACCGUAUACAUGUUCAGAGUGUGGAAAGAACUUCAGUGAGAGUAGCUCCCUUAAGUUGCAUCAAAGAACUCAUACAGGGGAGAAACUGUAUACAUGUUCGGAGUGUGGAAAAAGCUUUAUUUGGAGGAGCAGCCUUAUGUUGCAUCAACGAACUCAUACAGGGGACAAACCAUAUAAAUGUUUGGAGUGUGGAAAGAGCUUCAGUGAAAGUAGUUCCUUCACCUUGCAUCUACUAACUCAUACAGGAGAAAAACCGUAUACAUGUUCGGAGUGUGGAAAGAGCUUUAUUUAUAGUAACAGCCUUAGGUUACAUCAAAGAACUCAUACAGGGGAGAAACCGUAUACAUGUUCAGAGUGUGGAAAGAGCUUCCGUCACGAAGGUACCUUUACCUCGCAUCAAAGAACUCAUACAGGGGAGAAACCGUAUACAUGUUCAGAGUGUGGAAGGAGCUUCAGUAGGAGUGGCACCCUUAAGUUGCAUCAAAGAACUCAUACAGGGGAGAAACCGCAUACAUGUUUGGAGUGUGGAAUGAGCUUCGCUCGCAGCACUGGGCUUACUAGACAUCAACAAACUCAUCGAGGCAACAAACCUUAUAAAUGCAGGGAAUGUGGCAAGAGCUUCAGUCGCAGUGACUCCCUUUCAUCGCAUGAAAGAGUUCAUACAGGGGAGAAACAAUAUACAUGUUUGGAGUGUGGAAAGAGCUUCAGCCAGAGUGGCAGCCUUACCUUGCAUCAAAGAUUGCACACGGGAGAGAAACCUUAUAAAUGUUUGGAGUGUGGGAAGAGCUUCAGUCGUGGUAGCUUCCUUACAUUGCAUCAACAAACUCAUACAGGAGAGAAGCCGUAUAAAUGUUCGGAGUGUGGAAAAAGCUUCAGGUGCAGUAGCCGUCUGACGUUGCAUCAAAGAACUCAUACAGGAGAGAAACCGUAUACAUGUUCGGAGUGUGGAAAAAGCUUCAGGUGCAGUAGCUCCCUUAAGUCGCAUCAAAGAACUCAUACAGGGGAGAAACCGUAUACAUGUUCGGAGUGUGGAAAAAGCUUCAGUCACCAUAGCGCCUUUAAGUUGCAUCAAAGAACUCAUACAGGAGAGAAGCCGUAUUCAUGUUCAGAGUGUGGAAAAAGCUUCAGUCAGAGUAGCUCCCUUAAGUCGCAUCAAAGAACUCAUACAGGGAGGAAAUCUUAGAAAUGUUUGGUGUAUGGAAAGAACUUCAGUGGCAGGGGCUCCCUUCCUAAGCAGUAAAGAACUUGUACAAGGGAAACAUCUUAGAAAGGGUUGGAGUGUGGGAAGAUCUUUAAUCAUAUCAAAUAACUCCUACAGAGAGUAAACCAAUGAUCGUGUUCUGGUCCCCCCAGGAGAGCCAUUAUUGUAUUGGAAGAACUUUCUGACGGUAAGAGCUGUUUUGACAAUGGAACAGUCCCCCUCGGGAGGUGGCGGGCUCUCCUUCCUUGGAGGUUUUUAAGCAGAGGUUGGAUGGGCUUCUGCUAUGGAUGCUUUAGCCGAGAUUACUUCAUUGCUGGGGUUGGACUAGAUGACCCUUGGGGUCCCUUAUAACUACAGUUCUGUGAUUCUAUAUACAGCAGAACCAUCAUCUGCUAGACAGCUGUUGUCACAAGCUUGGCAAAUCCAGAGAUAUACUUGAUCAUCAGAUAAUGCCAAUAUUAUUCACUUGGACUGUGCUGUUUGAACCCAUGUACAAGUCUAGGUGCCUAUUCUAUAGUUUUCAUAUCCUAAUUUUCAUCUGCUGUUAUAUGUAGCAUUCCCAAAGCAAGGAAGGAUUGGACUCUGAUUAAUAAAAUACACACGAGGAUUGACCAGCAAGACUCUGGGAGGAGUGCGUAUAAUAAUUCUCUCCCUACCCCUUGGCCCAGGUCGUUUUAUUCACACAAGAACUUUUUACACAGUGUUCGUAAGAACCAAUCAGAUUUCCUCUGAGCAUUUCAAAAAACCCCAUGUGGGACAAAGUUAGAUCAGUAAAGGAAGGAAGGGUGGUAUUCACCAUCUCUUUGUGAACUCUCUUCCUGAACUCUCUUCCUGGCCCUAAGAACUAUCUAAAGAUUAACAAACUACAUCAAAGUAACCUAUUAACUUUAUGGCCUAGGAUGCCUGGUGCAGCAACUGGUCUGUGUCCUAGAAUGCUUAUACGGGUUUGUCAGACAUAGAGAAAUGGCAGUAGAGAAAAUGGGCAUAGGUGCAGAGGCUUGUGGGAUUUGAUCAGAAAUUAUUGUCAAUGAAUCAAACCCAGUCAACGCAGUGCUUUCAUUGCGGACACAAUGGCUUGAUGCAUAUCAUUCCUCAUAGUAAUCCCAUCUGAUCACUAUAGUUAUAGCUGCUAUCUCUGUUUCAUUUACAUCAUAAAAUGAAACAGAAAAGCUUUACGAAGUCCAGUCAAAGGCGACUAUGGGGUUGCAGUUCUCAUCUUGCUUUCAGGCCGAGGGAGCUGGUGUUUGUCCACAGACAACUUUCUGGGUCAUGUGGCCAGCAGGACUAAACCACGUCUGGCGCAAUGGAACACCGUGAUGGAAACCAGAACUCACGGAAACAUCAUUAGCCUUCCCGCCACAGUGGUACCUACUUGCACUGGCGUGCUUUCAAACUGCUAGGUUGGCAAGAGCUGGGAGAGAGCAACAGGAGCUCACUCCGUCGCACAGAUUCAAACCGCCAACCUUGCCAUCAGCAAGCCCAAGAGGCUCAGUGGUUUAGACCACAGUGCCAUCCACCUCAGGCUUGUGGGAGGAAACUACUGCCAGCAUAGAACAGCCUGCUAGUGGGAUUUGCACCUGUUACCAAUCUGCUACUGGGCUGAAUUCAAGGAGUUUGUACUAACGUGCAAGUCCCUGUUCUGCUCAGUCCCAGAUAUACAGCAGAGAUUCUCCUGCAAGUUCCAAAGAUCUCCAAAGCACACACCCAGAAUGGGGCUUUUAGUGUCACUGUCUGUGUUCUGUGGAAUGGCAUCCCUUGGGGGCAGGAAUUGGGACCUUUUCCAGCUGGAUAAAUAGAUUUUAAUAAUGGGUGCUCACUUGUUACGGUUUUAGUCUUAUUUUUAUUUGUUGCCUUUGUGUAUAUAACUGCUUUUAAAAACAUUUUUUAUAUAAAUUGCCUUGAGACGGUGGUUUAGAAGGCAAUCAAUUAUUUUUUAAAAAUACUUUUAAAAUACUUUUAAUGUUUAUACAUUUCACUAAUUUUACAAUCAUUUUGAUAUUUCAAGGUUUGACUUUCUUCCCCCUCUUUCUGCGGUUCCUUAAAUUUAUUUUUAAUAUCUUCUGCAUAUCCAAAUUAACUUAAUUUGCUCAUUUAUUCAUCUUCUUUAAAUAUAUACUCGUAUGAAUUUGCAGGUUAUUACAAUAAUCCUACCAAUGUUUUUAUCUGUUUACAAUUUAUCUGUAAAUAUUCAAUAAACCAUUUCCAUUCUUUUAUUUUUAAAAAAUGUUAUCUUGAUUUCUUAUCUUCUGGUAAGGUUCACCAUAGAAGGCAAUCAUAUUUAAGGCAAUCAAGAAAUCAUUGUUACAAAUAAUAUGAUAAUAAUUUUUACUUUUUCUACUGGCAUCUGACCAGGGUUAAUCCUCCUGUGGAUUUUUGUUAAAUGGGAAAACGGUAGAUAAACAGAAGCAGAGCUAUAGAAAGAGAUAUACGGAAGAUAUACACAAAUAGAUAAAUCUCGCUGGACCAAAAGAAUAAGACUUGUGAUGCUGACACACAGUCGUUAAACCCGUUGAGUAUUGCCAAUUAAGUUACUUGCAUUUCUGAAAAUAUAUUGUCAUCAAGCAGAGUAAAAGGGAACCUUACUGAGAGAGGACACGAUCCUGCAAAUCUCCUUCAUAAUUUGGCUGUGCAGGGCUCUCUGGUCAGGACCCAGCAGAGCCCAUUCCUCUUCAGUGAAACUGAGUCCUGAGAGAGAGAGAAGGCAGGUGGGGAAAAUGCUUCCUUGCAAAUAUCAAAAUAGACCGGCCUACAAGCAAAAUCCCAAAGCCUUGUUAAGGGGAGGUGAAUGGGCAUUACCCUCAGGAUUAAUAUACAUUGGUACCUUGGUUCUCAAACUUAAUCCAUUCCGGAGGUCUGUUCCCAAACCAAAGCAUUCCAAAACCAAGGCGCGCUUUCCCAUAGAAAGUAAUGCAAAAUGGAUUAAUCUGCCCCAGACUUCUGAAAACAUCCCCUAAAACAGCAAUUAAACAUGAAUUUUACUAUCUAACAAUACCACUGAUCCAUAAAAUGAAAGCAAUAAACAAUGUACUGCAACCACACGAUCAGUCAAUCAGUAGCUGAACUGGGUUCCACACAGUCACAAAAAAAAGAGCCACAAAAAUGCAAAAUAAAUAGCGAACACAGACAGACCUCAGCGUAACACUCAAAAGAGAAGUGUAACACUCAAAAUUGAAUCAAGGCACUCAAAGCGGAGCACAUCCGGCUUCCCAAAAGUUUGCAAACUGGAACACUUACUUCCGGGUUUGCGGUGUUUGGGUUCCAAGUUGUUGGAGUACCAAGGCGUUUGAGAACCAAGGUACCACUAUAGAGGCUGCAGAAGCUUUUUCCCCCACCUGGGAGCCUCUUUCCAUUCAAGACAAUAUUCGGGGCGGAUCCAGAGGCAAAAUUUUCUACCUCCAUCCAAGGAAACAACAGGCAAGAUCAAGGGCCAGAGAGAGGCUUGGAGGGCCGCAGUUAGUGCCCCCUACCAUGAGGCCUGAGGUUCCCCACUCCUGAUUCAAAUCUUCAUGAGUGGCGUUGACAGCCUUCCUAGUGGGUAGCAAGAUAGCGGUACUGGCAGGGUCCCCGGUGCUGAUUCCCUCUACCUGAUUUGGUGACCCAGAAGAGCUGUCCUCCAUCCCAGGAGAGAUGGCUGAGUACGAAUCGUCAGCACGGCUUCAUCACCUGCGAGAGACAAAGAGGUCAGGAAUGUUGGAAGGUCAACAGCAGGGAUCAUGCAGUUUAUCAGCUAAGGGUUAAAUCUGGUGGUGUUUAAAGAGAGCUGGCCAAGAGGGGUGGGCGGAGCUGCUGCUUAGCAACCAAGCAGAGCGGCAUGACUUUCACUGAGGAAACUUGUGCUCGGAUUGGCUGGGUGGUUCUGAGGGAGUUUUCCUCUGCUAUGUUUGGAUGAACGUCUCCCUGUUUUUGCUUGUUUUUUUCAGGAAAGUAAUAUCGGCUCUUUUCACAGUAGCACAUGCUUGUCACGUAGACAAGAAGUUUGGGGUCAGUUUAGCACAGGGGUCAGCAACCUUUUUCCCACCAGAUGUCAAAGAGAACAACAACUACCAGACUUUUAGAAGACAUCUGAAGGCAGCCCUGUUUAGGGAAGCUUUUAAUGUUUGAUGUAUUAGAGUAUUUUAAUAUCUUUUUUGGAAGCCGCCCAGAGUGGCUGGGGUACAAAUAAUAAAUUAUUAUUAUUAUUAUUAUUAGCCAUUGGUCGGUCCACCAUCCCUCAGACCAUGUGCUGGGCCGGACUAUAUUGGGAUAGGGGGGUAAUGAAUGAAUUCUUAUGCCCCACAAAUAACCCAGAGAUGCAUUUUAAAUAAAAGCACACAUUCUACUCAUGCAAAAACACCAGGCAGGCCCCACAAAUAACCCAGAGAUGCUUUAAAAAAAUAAAAGGACACAUUCUUCUUCCUUUUUAAAAUUAAUAUUCUUUAUUGAUUAAAAAAAUUACAUGUCUGUACAAACAUUAUGUACUAUCUCUUAAAAGGUAAAAAAAAAGAAAAUUAAAUAAAAUAGAAACUUUAUAAAGAAAGAAAAAAUAAAAAAUAAAGAAGUAGCAAAGAUAAGAAACAAAGAAAUAAUAAUAAUAAUAAAAGACAAAGUCCUGGAGUGUCCGUGGGCCGGAUUGAGAAGGCGAUUGGGCCGCAUCUGGCCCCCGGGCCUUAGGUUGCCUACCCGUGGUUUAGCAGAUGGAUGGCCUUAUUUCAUAUGUCCCCUUGGAUCCUGCAACCUGAGGGACUGGCACACAGACAAGUGCCACAUCAUGUUCAUCCUGAACUUGCAAGGAGCCAUUCUUCUGGUAGAAGGUGCCCCAUCUAUGCUUACUCUGUAAGGCGGUUUCUCCGUCACCUUCCUGUUUGAUAUGCCACCACAAGGAACGUUUCCUUGGCCUCAGAGAAAUCUCCUCCUGCCUCUGCAGUUCGUUCCUUUACCUGAAACAGCAAUGAGGACUAGGAUCAAAAAUAAAAUUAGGGGGCCGCUAGGGGCGCAUUGGAAGAUGGCUGACAAUACCAUCUCUCCGGCUCACACAAGGUAAUUAAGAGGCUGAUAUGGGAGUAUGCAACCUCCCUUGUUACCCCAAGGAAAUGGGGAACACUGCCUUGCCUGCAGUUGCCAUAAAUCACCCCCAGAUUCGAAAGAAGGGGGUGAGGGCACUAGGCACACAGCCCUCGUGGGAGACGGCUCUCCCUGAAGCUGUCUCUGAUCGCGCGGCCUGGUUGCAGCAGCUCAAAAUAAUCAAUUAGAAAGAAGCAAAUGCACAUAUUUCGAGUGAAGAUCGGGAGAUAAGACUGCUAAUUAAAGUGAUCUCUGUGAAGUGGAGCGACGGGCUGGCUUCAACAAUAAAUCAAGAAGAAGAUUCAUCAAAGGAUUGGUAUGUCGGAGCGGGACUGAAAAGGGGGGGGACUUUUCUUUUUUUAAUCUUAUGUGAGUACCCAAUAACCCUCCGCCCAAGAAAGAACCGUUGCAAUUACUGAUUACAAGCACGAUGAUUAAGAAAUGUGUGGAAAUAAAUUACUAAUCAAAGACAUGGCUUGUGGGAACAUUGGGAAAGGAAUGGAAGCUCUUUGUGAUGCAGUUAUAAAAAGAGAUUUGUUACGGCAGGCCUGGCCACAGGAUGAUUGAGGGGGAGGAGGACCAUGGCUUGUUAUUAUACCAGACUGUGAGUUUGACCUGGCAGGGCCCCCUGAGAAAAUUGAGGAGAGACUGGCAGGCCUGUAGAAAUGAACGGACAGACUUUGGGAAUGUUUUGUACGGAGGUGUGGAAAUGGCAUCUGUCUAUCUUGAUAUGGCUCUUGGAGGAGUGUAAAAUCCACACAGGAUAUAACAACGUUUGUUUUCAACCUGCUUGUGGAGACUACCGGAGAUCACAAAGAAAGGAAUAUAUGAUAACAACAAGAAGAUGAGGAAAAUAACAAAGAGAAAAUUGAACAGAACUGUGAAUACUAUUUGGACAGAACUGUGUAUAUUAAAGUAGCAGCAAGAGAGAUGUUUGGAUCCCUUUCUGAGCUCGAAGCAUGGGUAACCCCAACAAAACUUAAAAAAAUUGGCUGUGUAAUUUGGAAUUAAUGUGAUUUGGAAUUAAUGUGAUUUGAUUGGCCUGUUAAUAAAAAUUAUUUGGAAAAAAAACCAACAAAAAUAAAAUUAUAAGAGGGAAAACACUUUUUGGGGAGAGUUGAGACAAUCUAGAAGACUUUGGGCAAUUAGUGAAACGUUUUAGGGUAUCUCCCCCUCACUUUACCAGCUCCUGGGAAAUAUCUCAGGUGAGGAUGUAUUUUAAUUGAUUGUCUGAUUUUAUGUUAAUGUGUUAUACAUUUGAUGUUAGCUGCUCUGAGCCCGGCUUCGGCUGGGGAAGGCGGGAUAUAAAUAAAAAUUAUUAUUAUUAUUAAUAAUAAUUAUUAUUAUUAUCUCAGUGAAACUGUCUCUCACCUGCUGCUCUUUCUGUUUCUGGUCCUCUGCCCGGCUCAGGAGGAAACCUUCGGCCAGGGCCACCACCUGGGAACUGGUCUCCACUCCGUAUUCCCUCACCCAGCUCUCCAUCUCCGGGGGGAGUUCAGCCAGGAACUGCUCCAGGAUCACUAAAUCCAAGAUCUGAGCCUCGGUGGUCUCUCUGGCUUCAGCCACUGACAGCAAAGAUGGUGGAGCCGGCUGCAAACCUCUCAGGGUCCCUCGGCCUCCUGGUAGCAGAAAAGCCCGAAAUGCCAGCAUUGUACGUCUAA